AUGGUCUGCGCCACUCUGUUCUUGGUGCUGGUGCUUGGAUGGACCUGCACUGUAAAGAGCGCAAUCAGCGACAAUGAGACCGAUACGUUGUACAUGAAAUGCCCACAGAUUAUCGCGUCCUCCAUAGACAGUAGUUGUGUCGCAGGGAACUUAACGUCAAGGAGCAGGCAGUCCUUGAAGCAGGAUAUUGUAAAGGGAUGGUAUCAGUGUUGGUCAACUAUCAACGAAGGGGACCCGGAAUGGGGUCCUGCACUCCGCGUGUUGCUUCCGGACAUUUACGAAGAUUGGCUUCGACCAACGCUCUUGCGCUUUUCGGAGGCCUCUGGCGUGCCUCUGGACCUGAAUGUUCAACCGAUGGAUCGUCUGCUCGACACCAUCACGAACGAUGUCAACCUGCAUCCUUCACGCCAGCACGCUGUGUGGCUCCAGACGACGCUUACCACCCAGCACCUCGCCGACGUCGGCAUGUCCCUUGACCUGAGCCAUCUGGUGGAUUCCGUCAGCAGCAUUCGGUGGUCUGAUAUUUAUCAGCUUUUUCGGCUGCAACUGGCGUCGUACAAAGGCCAGAUCGUCAGCAUGCCUCUGGAUGGCUCUACCAUGUACCUCAUCAACCGCAGGGACGUGUUUGACCGACUGAAACUUGAGGUGCCCCGCACUUGGGAGGAGCUGCUGCAGUACGUGGAGGACUACCAGCGUGCGCGCGACGCGGCCCUGGCGGCGGAGGCGGCCUCCACAGCCGCAUCUGGCGCAGCAGCCGGGGGGCUUGAUUCGGGAAGCAGCAGCAGCAGCAGCAGCAGCAACACGACUGCGGCGAGUGGUGCCGGGGCGCUGCCGCCCUACCCGAUUUGCCUGCCCCGCGGCGCAGCUUGCCGGCGGCUGACACUGCUCCAAGCGAUCUGGUCGACCAUCGCACAGACCCACGGGUCGCAGCAGGGCGUCCAUUUUGACCCUACCGACUUGCGCCCUCUGCUGGACACUCCCGCCGCGGCUGAGGCGUUCCGCAUCACGGGGAAGUUGUUGGCGGCCUCUGCCCCCUCAGAGCCCGAUGAGGGCUGCACGCACGGCAGCCUGGGUUUCGCGCGGGGCCGUUGUGCGCUGGUACUGGCGGUGUAUGUACAGCAGAUGCGGAUGUUCAUUCGGGAGGAGUUCAAAUCGACAGUGGAGAUGAGCCGCCUGAGCGUGUGGCCGGUUCCUGGAUCCCACCGAGUUUGGGUUCGUGGAUCUGGAUCUGGAUCUGGAUCUAGCAGCGGCGGCGGCAGUCUGGAGCUCUGUACGAAAGAGCUCUGCCCCCAGGCCAGCCUCUAUUCUCUCCAGGGAGGCCGCACACCCGCCGGCCAGGAGGAGGGGGGCCCCGGGGCCCCAAGUCAAAUGAUGCUGGUCAACCAUGCGCCGCUUUCUCCCGGGAGCAAUUUAGCGGUGGCGAUAAACGGCGGGAUGCCGUUGGCGGUGCAGUACAUUGGCUUUGAGCUGUUGGCCUACUUGGCGUCUCUGGACCGGUACGACAAGGACGAGCCGGAACCAUUACUGCAGACGAUGGCACCCGUACGCGAGCACUUUGUGGCGACUGACGCCGUGGGGAAAUGGGUGGAGGCAGGGUACGACUCUGACGUCAUGGCGGCGGCUAUGGCUCCCAUUGCGUUCACGCGACAGCAUCCAAACCGUGCCUGGGAUUUGCGGAUGCCGUACCACAUGACGUACAAUGCUCUUCGAUCAGGUCAGGCGCGGCUGGCGGCGUACUACACUCGAGAGAUAUAUCUGGAGAAGUACCUCGCCUCCCUGGCUAUGACCACCAACCCCAGCAGCCCCCCGAUCGAUCCCGGCUCAGGAGGUGCGGCGCCUGCGCCCAGGCCCGGCGGCAGCGGCGGCGGCGUCCGCGCGGCGACGCUGGUGCCCGCGCUGGUCGUGUCGACAUUAGCGGUGGGCGCGCUUGCUGGCGGCGGCGCCUGGGCGGUGCUAUGGCGGCGGCGGCGGCAGCGGUCUCGGGGGGGCGUCUGGGAGUGGAAGCGGCGCCACAAGGAGGGCUCCAGGGAGCCCGUGGCGCUGGUGGUGACGGACAUACAGGACUCCACUGUGCUCUGGGAGGCGCUCCCCGCAGCGGUCAUGUCCGAUGCGGUUCGGCUGCAUCACGGCUGCAUCCGCCGGUUGCUGGUGGCGCACGGGGGCUACGAGUCGGCUACGGAGGGUGACUCCUUCAUCCUGGCCUUCCUCACCGUGAAGCAAGCGGUUGCGUUCGCCAUGGACUUGCAGGCACGUGUACGACACGGUGUUUCGAGGCAAACGGUGCCUUGA